UUAUUUGGCGAGAUUUUGGCAGAAUACGGGAAGAGCGUCCGAAUUUUAUAUUGCACGCAAAGAGCAUCCAUAAAAAACAACGCACAGAGGAUAUUGUUCAGUGAGUUUGUUUAAGAGAAAUCAUCAUUAAUGGAACUAAGAAAAAGAGAUCCCGAAAUGCAGUGUCAACGCGGUAAUGUUGUUUGCCAUGCUUUGAAUUUUAUUAAAAAAAUGAAAUUCUGCACUUAUUGUCGGCGGAAAUCGUAUGCACAAAUGUCCAUGGAUGUAGCCCUGGUGAUAACAAAUGCUGCCCAUUUGGUUAGGAUUUUAAGAGGCCAUCCUGAUGAAGAAAUGAGACUUGCGAAAAUCGUACUUGUAUCUGUAUCGAUAGCUUUAGAGGUACUUAUAGGAAUUCUGCUAGUUUUGAAAGAACGAUACGACAUCGAUGACGAAAAGUGCCACAAAAUAAUGGACGUGAUGAACGACAUUGUGAUAUUUUUGAUAUUUACAUCCGUUUUAGUACACGUGUUUGUAUCUGUGUUUGUGGAAGAUCACAUGUCGCCUCAUCAGUUUGCUCUUCACUAUAAACAUUUUUCAAACUGUUCGGCGUCAUCGCCCUGAAACUCAGGAUGCCCUUUCCUGAAACGAAAAAUAUCUUUUUCUGAUGGGAUUGUAUUUUAUAUAUAUUUACUUACACAAACUAUAACUAUUGUAUAUAAAUGUUUAUGUCUUUUUGUCUAUGAA